AUGCGUUUGCGUCAACUUCCACAUCGCUUCAACGCGCGCAUCAAGCAAUGGACCGCCCAUCCGCCAACGCUAAUAUUCGUUUUCCUUCUGAUCAUAUUCUUGGAGCUUGAGGAAAGUGUGCAAAGGGCACCUACUAUCCGCUUGUUGGAAAAUGCCGUUUGUUCUCAGUACUACCGCGAUGAACUAGACGUUGGCGACAUCGAGGAGAGCAUGUGUAAGACGCCUGCCAUUCAGUCCAAACUCGCGCAUAUACGAGGAUUUCUCAGUCUCUUUGAUGCAAUCCCAGUCAUCAUCUUAGGAUCCUUCUAUGGUUCUCUAGCUGAUCGCCAAGGUCGGAGAGGCCCUUUCGCCUUGGCUAUAUCUGGUAUCGUUUGCCAAAUGGCCUGCAUCUACCUCGUUUGUAGUUCGUGGGACACGAUACCAGUUGAGACAGUAUGGGCGUCAUCUAUAUUUCGCCUAGUUGGAGGCGGCCCUAACCUUGCCAUUGCUCUUUGCCUUACCAUGACUUCUGAUCUUUCGACAGAUGAGACAAGGAGCAAAUCGUUCUAUCAUGUCUUCACAGCUUCGUUGGUCACAGACAUGAUUGCCCCUUCGAUCGCAUACGCUACUCUCCGACAUUCCUUGUGGCUGCCCUAUCUCGUAUGCGCAAUAUCGUUAAUUCUCACUUUCCCAGUGCUACUGAGGAUGCCAGACACGUUAAAUCAUACAAAGGGUCCUCAUUCCACCGAAGAAGUGCCGGUCGAGCGUACUGGGGUGACUGCGUACAUCAAAUUCUUGAGUGACUGGAGAAUUGCUGUGGGAGUCGCGGUAGUCUUUCUAGCUCAGUUCCGGCAGAAUACAUUUGAGAUACUCCUUCCGUACGCUUCUACUGCGACACUACUUACGGUGGUAUCUGCGGUGAAUAUUCUCGCCUUCUUGAUUCUACUUCCCAUAGUUACCGACUAUCUCCAGGUGAAGAGAGGUAUUCGGUCGUACCGGGUGAACAUAUGGGUUGCUCGCACAAGCAGUGCGGCAUUGGCCAUGGGAGCUGUAGCUCUUGCUGCAGCUCCAAAUAUCGGGUUCGUGGUGCUGGCCUUGAUUGUCUAUGCAACUGGAUUCGGAGUUCGUCUUUCGAUCCUCGCAGUCCUUACAGGGUUCGUCAGUAGCAUACAAGAAACCGGUAGACUUUACACCAUGGUUGCGACCACGGACGCUAUCGCACACAUGAUUGCUAGCCCCCUGCUACAGUGGGUCUGGGGACGCGCUCUUUCUAUAGGAGACAAAUGGCUUAUUUUGCCAUUUUUGGUACUCACGGCUGUUUUCAUGAUAGCUCUUGUAUUUUCGUGUCUAUUGCAAGAGCCUGGAUGGCCCAAUCUUGACGAUAGCCUGGUUGCAGAACAGGAAGCACUCCUUUCUGGCAACGAACGAGACGAUGCCAUCGAAGAAGUUUUGGCUUACACCGAAUGA